UUCACUUUCGUUUCUCAGCCAGCUCAUGAGGAACUGCUUCAUGCAGACUGAUUCCUGUUUGGUGACUGAAUUCUGACCGUGACUGCCCCUGCUUUUCUUCACCACUUAAAUCACGAGUCAAGACUUCUUCUGCUGAGGGCUGAAGGAAUCUUUAAGCAAGGAGAGCCUCAGGAGUUUGGACAGGAGGAAGCCAGGAAGCAGCUGCUAUGGCUUUAAACAUCCUGGUGAACAUACGGGAAGAGGCAUCCUGUCCCAUCUGCUGGGAGCUUUUGACAGAACCCCUAAGUCUAGACUGUGGCCACAGCUUCUGCCAAACUUGCAUCACUGACAAUAAGAAGGCAGACACCAGCCCAGGAGGAGACAGCAGCUGUCCUGUGUGUGGUAGCAGGUACUCGCUUGGAAACCUAUGGCCUAAUCAGCAUCUGGCCAACAUAGUGGAGAGACUCAGAGAGGUCAAGUUGAGCCCAGCAGAGAGGCAGAAGAAAGAUCUCUGUGUGCACCAUGAAGAGAAACUCCUGCUCUUCUGUAAGGAGGACAGAAAGGUCAUUUGUCAGCUUUGCGAACAGUCUCAGGAGCACCGUGGUCACCACACAUUCCUCAUGGAGGAGGCAGUCAAGGAAAGUCAGGAGACGCUCCAGGCAGCUCUGAGGAGGCUGAGGAAGGAGCAGCAGGAGGCUGAGAAGUUGGAAGCUGACAUCAGAGAAGAGAGAACUUCCUGGAAGUAUCAGAUUCUGACUGAGAAACAAAGGAUACAAACAGAAUUUAAUCGGCUUAGAAGCAUCCUGGACAGUGAGGAGCAAAGAGAACUGCAGAAAUUGGAGGAAGAGGAAAAGAAGACCCUGGAUAACUUGGCUGUGGCUGAGGCUGAGCUGGUCCAGCAGAGCCAGUUGCUGAAGGAGCUCAUCUCAGAUCUGGAGCGUCGCAGUGAAUGGUCAACCGUGGAGCUGCUACAGGACAUGAGUGGAGUCAUGAAAUGGAGUGAAAUCUGGACACUGAAGAAGCCAAACACUGUUUCCAAGAAACUGAAGAGUGUAUUCCAUGCUCCAGAUCUGAGAGGAAUGCUGCACAUGUUUAGAGAGCUAACACACGUCCAGUGCUACUGGGUGGACAUCACAUUGAAUCCAUUCAACCUAAAUUUGAAUCUUGUCCUUUCGGAAGAUCAGAGACAAGUGCUGUCUGUGCCAAUAUGGCCUGUUAAGUAUUGUAAUUAUGGUAUCUUGGGCUCCCAAUAUUUCUCCUCAGGGAAACACUACUGGGAAAUAGAUGUAUCCAAGAAGACUGCCUGGAUCCUGGGGGUAUACUGUAGAACUCGUUCUUGUAAUAUAAAGUUAGCUGUCAGACACGGCAUGAGUUAUCAAAAUGCUUACUCCAUAUACAGACCUCAAUUUGGCUACUGGGUUAUAGGGUUAAAGGAUAAAUUUAAGUAUAAAGCCUUUGAGGACUCUUCCACCUCUGAUCUCAAAGUCUUGACUCUUUCCAUGGCUGUUCCUCCCCAUCGUGUUGGUGUUUUUCUAGACUAUGAAGCAGGCACUGUCUCAUUUUUCAAUGUCACAAACCAUGGGUCACUCAUCUAUAAAUUCUCUAAGUGUAGCUUUUCUCAGAAUGCCUAUCCGUAUUUCAAUCCUUGGAACUGUCCAGCUCCCAUGACGCUGUGCCCACCAACUUCCUGAGCCUUCCAUUCCCUCACCCACUGUUUAUACUGACCCUUGUCUUGAGUUUCAUGUACUAUACCUGAGCUCAUUUGCACCAUUCACAGCAUCUCUUCCUUCCAGUCUCCCAUCUAUAGUUUAGAACUUGUGCUCAUCCUUGGGAUCUACAGUGCAUCUGCUUUGAGUUAGAAGACAUGCUUAUUUACCCAUUUACCCUGCCUUGUAUUCCCAAAGAAAGACAUCCAGGCCCUCCUAGAGACAGAGCAGUAUUGGUAUAACAUCUAUGCCCUUGUAAUCCUCCAUAUGUUUAUUUUUUGAUCAUCAACCUAAAGAGACAUGGCAAAGCCUGUCUGCCACCAUCUAUGAUAUCCAGGCAGUCUACAAUCACCUCCCUCCACCCACAACCAUCAACUAAAUAUUUGAGUGAAUGUCUUUUGUUGCCCAGGAUACACUAGAUUCAUCAGAGGGUCACCAGGAGGAAAACACAAGCAAUAUACGUACCCAGAGUAAAGAUUUUAUGUUCAGAGUGUUUGAGUUUUAAUCCUGUCUUGUCUUUUACAAGGUGUGUAAUGAUAAAUAAAUUCUGAGUUUCUUUUCCCUUAAAUACAAAUUAGGGUUUAAAACUGUGCCUAAUUCUUAAGAUCAUUGUGUAAAACCACUCAACAUAAAGCAACUAUUUAAGUGUCCUGCACAAUUUAAUAAAGAUUUGCUCUUAUGAUU